AUGAGUUGUCGAUCAGAACAUAUAUGGAUACAACCUAUAACGGGAUCGCGAAAAACAAGUAAUUUAUGCUGGGCCAUUAUCCUUUUUUUAGGUUCAUUAGGAUUCUUAUUGGUUGGAACUUCCAGUUAUCUUGGGAGAAACUUGAUAUCUUUAUUUCCGUCUCAGCAAAUCCUUUUUUUUCCACAAGGGAUUGUGAUGUCUUUCUAUGGGAUCGCGGGUCUCUUUAUUAGCUCCUAUUUGUGGUGCACAAUUUCGUGGAAUGUAGGGGGUGGUUAUGAUCGAUUCGAUAGAAAAGAAGGAAUGGUGUGUCUUUUUCGUUGGGGAUUCCCUGGAAAAAAUCGUCGCAUCUUCCUACGAUUCCUUAUAAAGGAUAUUCAGUCCGUCAGAAUAGAAGUUAAAGAGGGUAUUUAUGCUCGCCGUGUCCUUUAUAUGGAUAUCAGAGGCCAGGGGGCCAUUCCCUUGACUCGUACUGAUGAGAAUGUUACUCCACGGGAAAUCGAACAAAAAGCUGCUGAAUUGGCCUAUUUCUUGCGUGUACCAAUUGAAGUAUUUUAAGAAAUGAGCUGAGAUAAUGAAUGCUUUCUCAGCAGGAAAUAAAAACAAAAGAAUACCCCUUUUUUUCUAUACCAUAACUUAACUGAAGUUUCUUCAUAACGCUCAUUCUAGUCAAAGAAGACGUAUACGUAACGUAACAACCACAAAACAAAACUUUUUUUGUGGUCUUUUAUGUGUAUGGAAAUAUACACAACUUAAUUCAAUAACAAAAAAAUAAGUAACAAAUCGAAAAAAUGAAUUCAUCCUUUCUAUUUUAUAUCAAAGUAUUUCGAAAUACAUCAAUUUUUUAUUCCGGGCUCUGAGUAGUCAGUUAAAUUUUUUUAAAAUAGAAGAUAUUUUGAUAUAAUGAUAGAAAAUAAUAUUCAUUACUUAAAUACUUAAAUAAAGCGGUUCUUUCAGGCAGUCAUCGAUUCGUCGAAAGGGGGAUACUUGCUUCGAAUUUAACCAAUUACUAUAUCUGGAAACAAUAGAAUAGUUUUUUGUUAAUUCUUUGAAUUCGAAGUGGAUUCUUAAUCUAUUUCUGUAUUCUUUAUACAUUCAAAGACUAACUCCGAAAUCACAAAUAAAAAAAGUGAAUAGAUUAAUAAGUUCGAUACUUUGUAAUAGAACUCAUGCAUGAGAGAAAUAUUGGAUGGCGUAGAGUCAACUAAUGAGGUCGGUUCAUUAAAAAUUAAUAGACGAAAUGAAAAAAUGUCAAAAAAGAAAGCAUUCACCUCUCUUUUAUAUCUUGCAUCUAUAGUAUUUUUGCCCUGGUGGAUUUCUCUCUCAUUUAAUAAAAGUCUGGAAUCUUGGGUUACUGAUUGGUGGAAUACUAGGCAAUCUGAAAUUUUUUGGAAUGAUAUUCAAGAAAAGAAUAUUAUAAAAAAUUUCAUAGAAUUGGAAGAAAUCCUUCUUUUGGAGGAAAUGAUCAAGGAAGACUCAGAGACACAUCUACAAAACCUUCGUAUAGGAAUCCACAAAGAAACGCUCCAAUUAAUCAAGAUACACAAUGAGGAUCAUAUUCAUACGAUUUUGCACUUCUCGACAAAUAUAAUCUGUUUCGUUAUUCUAAGCGGUUAUUCUAUUUUGGGUAAUGAAGAACUUGUUAUUCUUAACUCUUGGGCUCAGGAAUUCAUAUAUAACUUAAGUGACACAAUAAAAGCUUUUUGGAUUCUUUUAUUAACAGAUUUUUUUAUCGGAUUCCAUUCGACUCGUGGUUGGGAACUAAUGAUUGGCUUUGUCUACAAAGAUUUUGGAUUUGCUCAUAAUGAUCAAAUUCUAUCUAGUCUUGUUUGUAUUUUUCCAGUCAUUCUAGAUACUCUAUUUAAAUUUUGGGUUUUUCGUUAUUUAAAUUGUGUUUCUCCGUCACUUGUAGUGAUUUAUCAUUCAAUGAAUGAAUAAAAAAGGAUCUACGGAUAUUAAUCCAAUUCAAUUACAGCGUUUCUUACUUUGUAGUUGUCCAGAAGCAAAGCAUGUAAAAGCAUACUUACUCUUUCAAUUUCUACCCAUCCCAAAGAUUUAUUCUAUAUAUUAAAUUUAAUAUUAUUUAUUCCAGUAAAAUUAUUCCAGUAAAUAGCAGAAUUGCGGAUAGGGAACUAGGUUAGCGACCUACCAAAUUUAUUGUAGACAUUUUUGGGCUCAAUGGUUGGACCAUGCAAACUAGAAAGACUUUUUCUUGGAUAAAGGAACAAAUAAAUCGAUCCAUUUCCGUAUCGCUCAUGAUAUAUAUCAUAACUCGGCCAUCUAUUUCAAUUGCAUAUCCCAUUUUUGCACAACAAGGUUAUGAAAAUCCACGAGAAGCGACUGGUCGUAUUGUAUGUGCCAAUUGCCAUUUAGCUAAUAAGCCCGUGGAUAUUGAAGUUCCACAAACGGUACUUCCAGAUACUGUAUUUGAAGCAGUUGUUCGAAUACCUUAUGAUAUGCAACUAAAACAAGUUCUUGCUAAUGGUAAAAGGGGUACUUUGAAUGUAGGGGCUGUUCUUAUUUUACCAGAGGGUUUUGAAUUAGCUCCUGCCGAUCGGAUUUCCCCCGA